AUGGGCUCCAACAGCCUCCCCGUCGACCCCAUCACCGCCACGUCCGCCGCCGCCACCAACACCACCCCCGCCACCUCCGCCGCCAUGACAGGCGCCCACGCGCCGCCGGAGGCUGCCGCCGCCGCCGACGGAGACCAGGGGGCCGCUGCCAUCCAGGCCGCCGCCCCCACGGGCCUCGACCUCCUGCCCGCUACACCGGCGGACCUCGCCGACAGUCUCCGCGCCAUCCGCUUCGAGCUCGCGGAGAUCAAAGCCGGCCAGCACCCGCUACCCCCACCGGCCGCCGUCCCGGCCCUGUCCGCCACCCCGACACCGCCCGCCUCCGUCGCCAGCAAGGGCCGCCCCGCGUGGUGGCCGCCAUCGCCCUCGCCAAUCCCCACAUGGACCGACGCGUCGCCCGUCUACACUCAGACUGCGGCGCGGACGACGGUUCACCAGCCCGCCCACACCUUUGGCGGUCCUGGCGGGCUUGCUGCCCCCUUCGCCGAGAGCACGUCCUUCACCCCGGGCCGCCAGGAGGGCGCCUACGGGGUCACGCCUCUGGCGCAGCAGCCACCCCGCUUCACCAAGCUGGAGUUCGCCACCUACGAUGGCGCCACCGACCCCCUGAACUAG